CCAGAACAAACCAAUGGGCAACAUGCUAAAGAGCUUGCUGCUAUUAUUUUUCCUAGGCUUUUCUACCGCUGUCAAUGGCGCCGCGACGCGUACUUGCACGAUCUCGCCUCUUGGGAAGGGUAAAGAUGAUACUGAUCAGGUCCUGAAAGCCAUUGAUGAAUGCGGCAAAAAUGGACGAACGGUCCUGCAAAAGGGAAACUAUAACAUUACAAGGAAAAUGACCUGGAAUCUUGAAAAUGCACAAGUCGAUCUAUACGGAACUUUGAAUUUCGUACCGAACAUCGAGUACUGGUUAGAUAUGACGAAUACCUACCAAGUCGUUUUCAUUCAAAGUCAAUCAUCUUGGUUCGUUCUGACAGGGAAGGACUUCGUCGUAGAUGCGCACAACGAAGGAGGCAUCGAAGGCAAUGGACAGCCAUGGUGGGAGUACUUCCAAAGCCAUACACGUGAAGAUGGGGACGGAAGACCAUUAUCCUUAACUGUUUUUGAGGCCGAGCGAGGGACAGUGCGCAACUUCCGCAUCCAGUCGCCACCAUUUUGGUGCAACUGUGUCGCCAAUUCGAAGGAUGUACUCUAUGACGGCAUGAUAUGCAACGCGACAAAUACAAACCCUGCUUUCUUCGGCGAAAAUAUCACUCCGAACACAGACGGCAUCGAUACUUAUCGGAGUGACAGUAUCACUCUUAGAAAUUGGGAUGUCACUUGCGGAGACGACUGCUUGGCGAUCAAGGGUAAUUCCACAAACAUCGUAGCACAAGGCAUAACCUGCCGUGGCGGGAACGGCAUUGCGUUUGGAUCUCUGGGUCAAUAUGUUCAAUUUAACGACAUUGUGGAUAAUGUUCUUCUGGAAGACAUCAAUGUCCUGCGUAUCGAUGAGUCGAUACAGCCACUUAUGAGGUGGGGGGUAUACUUCAAGUCGUGGACAGGCUCAGUAAUCGGAGUACCUCCAACUGGUGGCGGAGGUAGCGGAGGCUUCGUGAAGAAUGUCGUUGCAAAGAACGUCCACCUCAGUUCCGUGGACACUGCCGUCGCUGCAUACCAGACGUAUGGAGGUAACUCGAGCGAUACGCCGUCCUUUUUCAACUUUAGGGACCUGACGUUCGAGGAUUGGUCCGGAACUGCAAGCACGAAUACACUGGUCGACCUUGAAUGCAGCGCAAACGCUCCAUGCUCAAAUAUCUCGUUCAAAAACCUCAACGUCAAGACUCCGAAUAACGAGACUCCGAAUUUCGUUUGCGUAAACGUUGAGAGUGAGAGUGGUUUACCUGGACCAUGCAACCCUACACCCACGACGACGGUAUGAUCCAUAAAUCACAUCGAAGGAAUCAACUUCUGUCUUUGAAAAUGCAUGUUUCACUUGAUAGACAGUGGUUAACCUGUUGUGUUCCCAAUAAAUUGAGAGCUCAUGCUCGAUUCCC